AUGUGUUGCAACUACAGCAACUCCUGUGGCUAUGGCUGCGGCUAUGGCACUGGCUGUGGAUGUGGCCCCUAUUAUGGCUGUGGCUAUGGAACAGGCUAUGGCUGCGGAUAUGGCUCCUGCUGUGGCUAUGGCACCAGAUAUGGCUGUGGCUAUGGAACAGGCUAUGGCUGCGGAUAUGGCUCCUGCUGUGGCUAUGGCACCAGAUAUGGCUGUGGCUAUGGCACCGGAUAUGGCUGUGGCUAUGGUUAUGUCUCUGGCUGCUGUAGCUACAGACCAUUUUGCUACAGAAGAUGUUACUCUUCCUGCUGUUAG